AUGAGCCGUGUCCUGUGUGCGCCGGUGGCCCGGGCCUCCCGGGCGCUGAGACACGAAUGCUGGGCCUCCCAAAACCUGCACUCGCUGCCCGGUGGCCGGGCUCGGGUCGGGUCGGUGGCUGACAGGGAGGAAGGGGACGACCUUAAUCGGCCCAUCCAGUUUUCCUCCAGCAAAGCCACCCCGUCCCGUUGGACGGUGGCACAUUCCCUGGGGAAAAUGGAGCAGCGGCCCUGGUGGAAAGUGCUGCCCCUGAGCCUCUCCCUCCUGGCCCUGAUCGCCUGGUGCUACCUGCGGGAGGAGAGUGGCACGGACGAGUGGUUGCGGGGCGUACUGGGAGAAGAACCACAGUCCAGCCACCGCUCCGAGGAGCUUGCAACUGACAACGGGGCGAGGACUUAA